GGCUGAGAAGGAUGGUCUUGAGAAGCUACAAGAGCUGGCUGUGUCGCUUCCCAUCGCCCUCGUCAACUUGACCAAUUAUUCUGGGCUGAUCAGCAGCGGCAAAAACAUGACGCAUCUCGACAUCGCGUACCGCUUUGGCAACUAUUCAAAGGAUCUUGAGCUAUUAUAUGAUAAAACUGCCGGAUUCUAUGGUGCCUUGCAUGAGGUCAUGGGUGAGGAUGCCAACAAGUACUGCCCUCUAAAAGAUUGGACUCACAUAGAGCAGUGCAUCAGAAUUGCAAGUUGCCUCAUCGAGCCAGCGGUAGAGGCUGGUAAGCUUCCCAUUGCCUUCUUGGUGGCGAUCAUGGAGCAACUCGCCAGCUUUGACAUCAUUUGGAACAUGCUUACCGAAGCUUUGAUCAAGGAGUCAAACAUCAACCAGACAGCUCCCGGUCAAUUCCUGCCACCAAAAUACGUGUGCGACAUGUUCGAGAAGUUGGAUGCCACAAGCUUGGCUGUUCCGUCCAUGAUCCAGGAGAAUCAGGAGAAGAAGGAGAUGGACACCGCUGCGGUGCGUUCGGCCUUUUCAACGUCUGCAGCCUUGAACAAGGCCACCCGGGAGUCUCAUCAAAUUCUGAGUUCUUUGACAUCCUCAGACAAUGUGUCGUAUUCGGUUGUGAAGCGCUGGGCAAAAACUUGGUAUCCUGUAUGUGUGAGGAUGAAGUGUGACCACACGAACUACUGGGAUAUUGUUUUAGCCAGCUACAAGCAGACCCUGCUCUUCAUGAAAAGUGGAGCGCUCUCUCAUUUGAAGGCUGAGAUUAUCAACCGGGCUACUUUGCAACGGCGCUUCCAAAGUCAUCUCUCAGAACAUCCAGUGCUGGUGCAACUUUGGCGCCGCGAGGCGCAAGCUUCCUCUCUGGAGGCUGCGCAUGCGUAUGGCCUUGCUGGCAACAAGGCUGUGAAACGAGUUCUGAAAAAGUUUCUUGAAUCACCAGGCGGACUCCCGAAGAUGAUGAAGCUUGUCGACCGCGUGGAGUUUGAGAAAUGGCAGCGAACCAAAGCUGAAGCUGAUGCUGAAGCUCAUGGAGAAGCUACACCGUUGCGCCAGGUGUCCAACCAGUCUGCACAUCUCGCACUGUUGAGCACACGAAGUGAAGGGGUCUGGGAUUUCUUUGUGAACAUGGUCAAAUGUUUCGGGAAGUGGUCGCUGUGGUAUACUCAGGGCUACUACAAAAAUUUGGGCUCCUAUGGCUCGGUCUCCUUUGGCAUGAUCACUGGCACUACCGGCGCCUUCGAAAGCUUGGUCAAGGAGCUGGUGCCUCCUCAAGCUUUCGUCUCGGUUUGGGCUGCUAUUGGCGUUGGCUUGACUAUAUCAGGUGGUAAGCUUCCGAGUGUUUGGGUUGGGCUCAGUGCCUCCCUUUCUGCGAGCCUUGGCUGCGCGAACAACAACUAUGCGGUCCAAGUCGCGAUCAGCGUUGGAACGAUGGCAGCAGGUGUUAUGCCGCUUCCAAGUCAUCCAAUGUGCCCAAUGGGUGGAUGGUGGCAUGGCAUCCAAUGCUUCCACGCCAUAGGCGGAACUUUCACGCUUCUUUGCUGCAAAUUUGAUUUGGCCAGCGGAAAUAACAACUGCCGGUAGGCGGCGAGCUAGCGAGGAAAGACUGUGUUGCAGGACCGUCCGUCCAAAGGCAUUCCGAGCAG